CACAAAAGCAGACUAACCCCUCCUGGGCGCACAUUAGCUCUCACUGCCUAUUUGGCGCUAACAUACGCUUCUCCGUUACACUCCAUUUUCUUCUGCUCCACUUGCUUGUUCCCUCUAGAAAGAAGCUUCUUUUUCUCUCUGCCACCCAUCAAAACCUGUUUUUUCCCAUUUGGGUGCUGAUGAAAUCUCUCUCUUAAAGAAGUUCCUGUGUUGGUUAUGGCUUCCUUGCAGAUUCUGAGACCCACCCUCUCCCAAUUUUCACUUUCUCAAUCCAAUUCUCCAGGAAAAUCCACAUGGAACACCCAAUACCCUUAUUUCCCCAAACGGAUCCUAAAGUUGAAAACUUUCACCGGUUCUAAGCCUUCCACCUUGAACAGGGUCUGUUGUGCAGCGCAAGGCAGCGAGAACCAAAACAAUGGAGAAGAACCUCCGGAAUCGUUGUUUAUGAAGGAAUUGAAGAGGAGGGGCAUGACUCCUACAUCAUUGCUUGAGGAUUACAAGCAGGGCAACUCUGGAGUUGACGAAGAGGUGGUUGUGAAUGAACAAGAUAGAGGUCUCCCGAGGAGAAAUGUUGUCUCAACCGAUGUAGAGAGGAGUCUGGAAAAUCAGAGGGAGCGAUCCAUGGCGUUGAACAGUGAAGGUCUUGAGGGACUGGUCCCUCGGGCUAAACUUCUGCUGUCACUUGGAGGAACAUUUUUCUUGGGAUUCGGACCGUUGAUCCUCAUAACCGUCGCAUUUUUUUCAGCUCUUUACUUGUAUUUCGGACCAACUUUUGUCCAUGAUGCAAGCAAGAUGUCACUAUCACCUCCCCAGUAUGUGGAUCCUUAUGCACUCUUAGAAGAUGAAAGGAUAUCUCAGAUAGCACCUCAGCUAAAAUAAAAAGCAGCAUUUCACAUAUUUAGGUUAGGAAUCUCGUUACAGAUAUCAAGUUUCUGUGUACUUUAGCCUUUGCUGAGUAGUUUCUUUGUAAAAUAUCAUCACCCUGGAACUUGUUACUUCUUGUGUAUUGUGCAUUCAUUGCUGACUCCAUUUUUUUACGGUUACAUUUUUCUUUUUUGCAUAUAUGAAUAAUAUAUGAUAUGUAAAUUUGAAAUUCAAAUGAAAGCUCAUCAGGUGAAACAUUGCUAAAUA